UAGAAUGGGUUUCCAGAGACCCAUUUAAGUGAAGUUCCUUUCAAAUAAUAGAGCUAAUACUGUGAGAACGGUCCUUCGAAAGGUGAUGCGGAAAUGAAAGAGCGCGUGUUCGGAAACAUUGGUGGAAUGCAGGGCGCGUGCUGUUCCUGUAAGUCCAUAAAUGGAAGUGUGUAUUUCUUCACACAGGCACGCGCACAGACCGAACAUUCUUCAGCAAUGCCUUCUGCCUAUAUUGUGCGCACAACUUAGGCGUUCAAGUUAAACUAUAACUGUAUACUGCAGCACAGCCGCGGUGCUUCACACUACAGUGACGGAAACACCGCCCCACACACGCACGCUCACAGGUGUACAGGCUGCACGCGCACACACGCAGGUUUUAAUAACUAGCAGGUAGAGAUCAAGUCAGCAGCGCGCGUGCUGCGGGCAAGACGAGACUUUACGGGUUUUGGCGUCUUUUCCUCACAGCGGAGAGAUCAUAUCCAAUGUACAUAUCCAAUCCGCCACUCAGCUCUGUGGCAUGUAGACCUGGAGAGAAGGAAAACAGUGGGUUGAAGUUGAUGAGUUCACCAAGCCUCAGCGAACUGGGCAAGAGUGACAAGGCAGGCUUGGAGGAGAGAGGAGCUCAGCAAUGCAGGGCAGGGGCCAAUGCCAUCUGGAAUAGUAUCCAUAAUGCAGUAAUCGCCACGUUCCAAAAGAAAGAUCUGGGAGACAAUGAGCUGUACUCUUUAAAUGAAGGAGUCAGGCAGCUGCUGAAGACAGAGCUGGGCUCCUUCUUCACAGAGUACCUGCAGAACCAGCUUCUAACCAAAGGAAUGGUCAUACUUCGAGACAAAAUACACUUCUAUGAAGGUCAAAAGUUACUAGACGCUCUGGCUGAAACUUGGGACUUUUUCUUUUGUAACGUGCUCUCCAUGCUGCAGGCCAUUUUCUACCCAGUCCAGGGGAAGGAGCCCUCUGUGAGGCAGCUGGCUCUCCUGCACUUUCGGAACAUUAUAACUCUGAGCAUAAAGCUAGAGGACGCUUUGUCUCGUCCCAGUGCUUGUGUGCCCCCUUCCAUCAUACAAAUGUUGCUCAUACUGCAGGGGGUGCAUGAAUCUAGAGGAGUGAGUGACGACUACUUAAAGUUAGAAUCUCUGAUCCAGAAAGUGGUGUCUCCAUACCUGGGCACUCACGGCCUCUACACCGACGACGGCUGUGUGGCGCAGUGUUCCUGUGUGCUGGAGAAGCGAUGGCUGCAGCACUGGCCCAAACUGAGUGACACCUCUGCCAGGAACCCUGUCAUGCGCUCCAAGAGCUACAACGUGCCCAUGCUGACACCUGUGGCAGAGUACGAAACGGAGGCCACGUCGGUGGGUAGCGCAGGAAUCCGACGACAUUCCGUCUGCCAGAUGACCUUGUGCCAAGAAGAGCCGGCUUUCUCCAGCAUUAAGUCCAGCCCAGACGAGACAAACGUUGCACCCCAGCUUUCAGCCUCUCAUCCCUCCACAGAACAGGACUCAGCUCGGUCAGUAUGCAGAGGGCAGUUGAAGGGCACAUCUCCACUCCCAUCCCCUUCCACGUACCCCUUGCUUUUCACUCAAUGUUCUUCGGAAAUCUUUCAGAAAAUGUCCCAGGAAUCAGGUUCUGAUCUUACCCAGGAAGUGGCCUCACUACCCAGAGGCUCGUCAAGCCCUGAAACUAUCACAGACCAGCUACUGGAGUCUUUGGACUCAGAAUCAGAGGGAAUCUUCAUAGACUUCAGCCUCCACUGUUCGGACUCCUCCACCUUCAGCCACGAGAGUGAGAGUGAGAGUGUGGUGUAGGAGCACAGCAGAGUAAUAGCAGGGCCACAGCGACCAACUCUUCCCUUUUUAACUCAAGCUCAAGGCUCAUUUAAUGUGUGUUUGGGAGAUUUCUAUAUUUCCUUGUAAUUUCAUACUAAAGAUUUGCUAAGUAAAACUUUAACACGGGUUUUUUUUUUCCACAGGCAUUUCACUUCAUAGUGGUAUUUCCUCAAAUCAUUAUAAACUUAUUUAAAAUUUUUAUGAUGUUGUCUAGAUCAUCAACAUUUUUUUUGUUUUUGUACAAAUGUUUAGAAUAACAAAUUAAUAUAUUUUAAUGACUAUUUAAUUGUAUUUCUUUAUUUAAUUGGUAGUGGGCAGUGAUUAACACUCUGAGGGUUCAAGUCUCAUUGUUGGGUCUCUGAUAAAAGCGCCUAACAAGUGAAGGGAAUUCUGCUGUAAUGAACACGUGACCAAGAAAGCCGUUCUUCUUUCUUCUUCUUCUUUUUUUGAAGAACGGCUGGGUAACGAUUUGAGGCAUUAAAUAUCAAUAUUAUUUGUGUA